CGGGUGGAAUAAAAGAAGAGGAAAUUGACCGAUUGAUGCUCUCUCAGCCUUUCUGAGAGAGAAAGAGAGAGAGAUGACUCGGGGAAAGCAGAAGAUCGAAGCGCAGAGGAAAAAUGCGGAGAGGAAUCAGAAGCCCAAAGGCUCUCAGUUUGAGGCCAGAGCCGUUGCUCUCAAAAUCAGCUGUCCCAUCUGCAAGGCGCAACUUGCAAAUGCAAAGCAACUUGCUGAUCACUAUGCUUCUAAACAUCCCAGAGAACAGCCACCAGCCGAACCAGAAUGAUCCCUUUCCCAUCUGAAGAAUGCUAAGAAAGAAGUAAAAUAUCCUUGGUUAUGCUGUUAUAGAACGAUGUAUUUCAAUAAAUUUGUUAUACAUUGACUUUUAUGAAAUCACUCAAGCUUCCUUCCCCUAUUUCUGAACCGUUGUAUGACUAUGAAGGAUGAUUAAGACCAUUCAAUGGGCUGUGUGAAAUGAUAGCUCACCUCUUUGUGAUCUAUUUGUUUUUAGAUGAGCC